UAUACGAGCCAUUCGCAUUCCCUUUUCCCAUUCAUUUACCCAUUUGAUCGUUCAAACUUCUCGAGUUUUCCUCUUUUCCCCCCUUCCAGAAAGACAAUUGUAAUCCACAUUCUCAUCAGCAAAUCCCUCCCAUGGACACAAGGGUUGACACGUCUCUUGACCUUAGGAUAAAUUCUUUCCAGAAUUGCAACAGCAAUGUCAUGGAUCUGAGAAGAGAUAGAGGCGGAUUUGCUGAAAAAUCGCAAGAAGUAGGAACACUCCAACAAGAUGUUGGUGUAUCUAUGGAAGAGUUCAGAAGGAUGAGCUCGGAAAACAAGAAAUUGACAGAGACACUAAAUGUCGUUUUGCUUGGUUACAACGCCUUGCAUAGCCAGAUGAUCAAUUUGGCGCAGGGAAUUUCAUCUAAUGAAGCCAUGGAAUCAAGGAAGAGAAAGUUUGAGGACUAUAUUGACCUAGAUUUCUGGAAGAGGCCAACUGAGAGCGUGAAAUCUAGAACCUCUGUAGCUUAUUUCCAAGUCGACCCAUCUGAUACUAGCCUCGUGGUGAAGGAUGGAUACCAAUGGAGAAAGUACGGUCAGAAAGUCACCAGAGACAAUCCCUCUCCAAGGGCUUACUUCAAGUGCUCUUUCGCUCCAAGUUGCCCUGUUAAAAAGAAGGUGCAAAGGAGCGUCGACGAUCCAUCUCUCUUGGUUGCUACCUAUGAAGGCGAGCACAACCAUCGAUGCCCUCCUCAAGGUGCAAAACCCCCCUCUGUUUCGCCUCCGAUUUCACCAUCGUCCAUGAAGCCUUCCAAUCAAAACCCCGUUCUCGAUUUCGUCCGAUGCGGGCUUUCCAACCUGGCAAUGAAAUCUAAGCAAGAAACCGAGGUAGGGACGCCCCCGCAAUUCCUGGUCCAGGAAAUGGUUUCUUCCUUGACGAGAGAUCCCAAUUUCACAGCUUCGCUCGCCGAAGCCAUUUCAGGGGCGAUGUUGGACCGGUCUCGCACACAGAGUUGGUGAACGCCGGAGCACUAUAGAAUUAGGUCGAGUAUCUCAAGUUGUGUUUAUUCGGGUUGCUUGAUCAUAGAGUGGAGAAUUCAAUUACGAAUUGCAUAACAGAGCAUAGUCAAAAGCGAUGCAGAGAACAAGCUUUCAGGCUCUUUUCCCCCCACUGCGACUAGAUUGUAUGUAUGUUUGCACUUCAAGAAUAUGCUUUUGGUGCAAGAACCACAACAAGGUUUAGUACGUUUGGAAAUCUUAAAUAAAGAUAUGUACGCUGCAAAUUUGUAUGUAAUAUAUAAGACAUUAUGAA